UGCGCGUGAAGUUGUUUUGUUCGAGCGGUUGCGGUUUUUCUUAGGUAAAUUGCUUCUCUGUCGAAUUUCGAGUGGCUUCAAGUGACGGCAGCGAUGUAUAGGAAAUGAUACUGGCCAAAGAGUGUGCAGCAGUCUCCAAGACAGUUUUUAAUGCGGAAGAACGCUCGUGCCUCGGUCGGUGUGGGCGCGCGCUUCGCACUGGGAAUGCCGCCUGAAGCGCGUCGGUAAGACGCGUUCGCUUGCGAUUCUCGAACGCUUGCUCGUUGCUACCGCGACGUGGGAGCGUACGAUUCAGCUUCGCUGAGUGAAUGGACGUCAGCAUGCCGUUCUCAAGACGUAAUAACUCCUUGUGAGUAGCGACGGACAACACGAGUCUGAGCUGAUUGGAACAAUGAAGUGAAUGUGAAAGGUGAAAGAUGAAGUCAGCUUUCAAAGAACGGCAGUUGUCCGAUUACUCGACAACAUCGCAGCGACCUAAGCGUAAUGCUUCUACAAAAGGACUGGGUUGUAGCAAUGGUCUUCACUGGAUGGAGAAGCAGCUAAAAAAGGCACUGUACGCUUCACUCAAUGAAACGAAAAAAGCUCGGUUACUGGAUGAGAAUACGUCAGAAGAUAGCCGGGAGCAGACGCCAAAAACUUCCACAACCACUGUUGUUACAAAAAAGGCAGCCGACAUAGAUUCUAAAAGGAUAAAGGUACAUGCUCAGCGCAAGUUUGCUCAAGGUUCGAACCCGAACAGUCCCAUGCCAACGCCAGUCAAGCUUUUGCCACCAUGUCGCGACUCAAAAGAAACAGUGAGCCAGCCUUCUACACUACUGCCCUGCAAGCGAAGACCAAAAACAGAAGACUUCCUUACGUUUCUUUGCCUGAGAGGCUCAAGUGCUCUUCCUCCUGCCCUCGACUUCAUGAGUGGGACAGCUUUUGGUUCAUCGUCCUCAUCAGAUCGAAGCAGCAGUCCUGACCUUGAUGCUCCAGUGACUUCAACCAAUGCUGAGAGUAAAGACAAGGGAGGCAGUGGAAAUGCACAUGGAGGCACUGCUUCUGCGGAGUUGCGCAGUCAAGCACAGCGCACUUCUGCACGUGUGUUGAAACAGGAGCGACGACCCCUGAGGCUCGACAAUGGGAAGAAAAGCAAAGAAUCGAGCAUAGAGCCAGCCGCUUCCACCACGGCUCCUGAAAUUACCGUGAAUGGCACCAGCAGUGGACAAUGCACCCGGAAAGUAGACAAAAAGAAGGCUGCAUCUGAAAAAUUGAAGAAUGUGUAUAAAACUGGCAGCACAUCAAGAAGUCAUAGAAAAUCAAGUGGAAACUUGACAGCACUUCAAGAAAAGUACAAACAGCAGAGGAUCAAGCACCAGUCUGCAUCAUGUAGAAAGCCUUCGGCUUUGGGUCUUGGAGGUGGUCAUGCUCUCAGAUCACAAGCCAGCCAUGAAGCCUCUCACUUGACUUCAAAGGGGGCAGUAAAAAAUUCAUGCGUGAAGCUGAGGGAACAGCCAACCAGUGCGCCAUCAAGUCGACACCCUAUACUAUCUAAAGAUGAAGAUAUGGCUGCCAAGAGCCGAUUAGUGCUAAAAAAGCACAGUGUUCAGCUGACACGUCUUCACCCACGUGUUGCAGCUGGCUUACGAUAUCCCUUUGUGACAAAUAUGACAGCUGGUGUCAUGACACGUAGACACUCAGUUGGGAUUACACCACAUUUACGCAAAGCCAAAAUGGUUCCACCAAUUGUGGACUAUGAAUCUGAAAGUGAAAAAGACAUGUCCCCAUUGUUUCCUCCAAGGUCCUCUGUUAUCGCUGUUCAGCCAAGGCCACGAGCUGCAGGAAGUAAGACUCUCAAUGCACCACAGAAGCCAAAGGCCAAAGUUGAUACUUCAGCACCAAUAACUAAGAAAAAGCCAACUACCUCACUUAUUGCGAGGAGGCUGCUUAGUCGUGCCACAACAAGUAUGAGGCCAUCAUUGAAAGUUCGCAAGGCUACCAGGUGUGCAAUGUUCAGACGGAAAACACGGAGCCUUGGUCCUGUGAAGGAGUAUCCUCUUGUUCUGGCUCUACCAACAAAACGUGGAGCAGGUCGUUCAGGCACUACUGCAAUGAAGAAGAAAAUGGAUGAGCUUGCUGCAAACGCUUCUAAAUCAAAAGCUUCUUUGACCAAGGGCUGUGAGUUGUUGCCAGCCUCGUCACGAGCGAGUGCAACAGCAGUGCACCGGGAGACCAAAAAGGGCAUGUUACUCAGGCCCAGUGAUAGUGUAGCAAAACGAUCAUCACGUAGGCCAUCGAGCGAGAGUGUGAAGGAUACACGACGUUUGAGACAGAGGAAUGACAUUUCUUCUGCGCAAUAUCCACGUCAAAAUCGUAAAGCAUCCGUUGGAAUUUCUGAAGAAGCACAGAAAGCUACUGUUGCAAAGAGACGUAGAACAGAAGGCAGCACUAGUAUCGCUUUAUCUAAUCGUGUGUUUUCCGACAGUGAUGAUGAACCUCUUAUUAAAAUGGCUCGACGCCAUACAGAAAAGAAAGCUGGGUUACGAGAUAAAGUAAAAGAAAAUGAUUCUGAUCCACUACAGAUCAAAUCUGAUUCUGCUAAAAAAUGCGGUGUUUCAUCCUUGCCACCGUCUGGUAUGCUUUCACGCAGAAAACCAGCACCAGCUAAAAACAAAAGUAAACCCUCUGAAGCUGACAAGUCGAAAUUGCUCAAGACUAGCCUGUCAUCUGAGCGUUUUUCGGAGCCAUCGCCAUCAUCACUUUCUGAAACUAUUGCAGACGGGGAGACCCUUGAUACUCAAGCACACUUUGAUGAUCUUGAAUCAAUGUCAGGAGGUGUGGAAGCCUUAGAUGCCCUUGCUGGUGAAAUCUCCCAAGUUAUGUCGUGUCGCUUGAGUUUUGGCAGUGCACAGGAAAUUCAGAGUUUAAUGACAAGUGAGUUCUCCGGUGCUUUCGAUGAAAAUGUUACUGGUGCCAUUCUAAGCACCCAAGAUGGUCGGUCAGCAUCUUUCGAAGGAGGCUUGAACCUUCUAAAACGAGAUGAUACACCAUCUAAAAUUGAUGCGUCGACAAACACAAGUGAAGAAGGAAUGGCUUUAUGUGCACCCUCAACCCCUGAGGAACUCGUCGUGAUGCCAGAGGAAGUUUCUGUUAGUACACAGACUGGCAUCUUUGACGCGGAUGUGCUGAACAAAGAAGGGUUUCUAACGGUCGCAAACUGCAAGGAGGCUUCUUUUAUUGCUUCAGAGACCAAUGGUGCGGCAGCUCUUGAGUUCAGCUCUGAAAUGCAGAAGUUAUUGCCUGCAUCACCGAAAUCGAAACCUACAUCAUCACCAUCACAACAUCUUGCACUGGUUCAAGAUUGCUCACAAAGCUCGAUACAAGGGCAGACGCACAAGUGUGGACCCAACUUCGGAAAUUGGUUCGAGGGCCAGUUCUAUGCAAUUACAUACUUCCUUAUCUACCCAUACAUCCAGUUCCAAGUGCUGCCAAAGUUGCGGUUGUUGUUACACCAAUGCAAAGGCAUGGCUCACUCAUCCAACACUUGGAUCAGGGCAAGUGUUGCUAGGACAAGCAUUACGAAAGCAAGUGCUGCAAAGGCAAGUGUUAUGAAGGCAAGUGCUGCAAGGACAAGUUCCGAAAAUGCCAGUGUUGUAAAGGCUAGUGCUGGAAGACCAAGGGUAGCAAAGUCGAGUGUUGCAGCAGUAAGAACUGUAAGAGCCAGUGUUCCUAGGACCAGUGUUGCCAAGACUAGUGUCAUGAGUGCAGAUGCUAUGAGUGAUGCCAGGGCUAGUGAUACCAAGGCAAGUAAUUUGAGUACAAGCAGUGUGAAAGGAAGUGGUACAAGUGUUGAUCCAAGAGUGAGCAAUGCAAGGGCUUCAAAGUCUUGUUCACCCAAAAUGGCUUUCACAUUUACCAAGGCCGGGACUUCAAAGAGAGGCAAAGUUGGCUCAGAGGAUACCAGGAGAGUCAAACUGACACCUUUGGACAGCAAAAAGUUUCCAAGUGUGAGUGACCCAGCGUGCCUUGUCGCUGCACCUACAUACAGGCCCACAGAGGAAAUGCGGGAUCCUAUUAGCUAUAUUACUAAGAUAAGACCAGAAGCAGAAAAGUUUGGCAUCUGCAAAAUUGUCUUGCCACCAUCUUUUCAGCCUGAAUGCAAGGUGUUUGAUGAUAUGCGAUUUACAGCAUACAAUCAAUACAUUCACAAAAUGCUUUCAAGGUGGGGGCCAAAUGUGCAACAUAUGGCAUGCAUCAAGCGUUGUUUCACUAACCAGGGCAUCACUGAUGACCAGCCACCUUUGAUUGGAGGAAUAGAGCUUGACUUUCAUCUGUACCACACAGUGCAGAACUUUGGUGGCACAGCAGCAGGUGAUGGAAAAAAGAAAUGGCACAGGGUAGCUGAUGCCAUGCACAUACCCAAAGCGUGAGCACAAGAUAGAGUGUCAAAAGUGGAUGAUGCCUAUUGCAAGUUUGUCCUUCCUUAUGACCUCUUGUCGGCCGAUGAGAAGAAGGCCAUUGAGCGUCAAGUUCUGGCUGACAGGGAACGUCAAAUGGCUGCUGAAAGUGAACCCUCGUCCACAUCAGCUGAUGAAGACGAGGAGGACGAAUUCAGUAAUGAGUGUGUUGCAAAGGUAUCGAGAUACUUUGCCAGUUGUGCUUCGCACGGGCGCAUGAGACAACCGCCAGCAUGGACGGACCAAAGCAACACACGCAAGGGACGCAACAUUUCAUUAAGUGUGUUCUCUAGGGCUCGCAACACAAUGUCCAUGUGGUACAAGCAUGAACCUUCAACCGAAGAAGUUGAGAAAGAUUACUGGAAUCUGGUAAUAGACCAGCGGCGGCAUGUCUGCGUCCAUGCAGGAAAUAUCGACAGCAGUGUUCAUGGCAGUGGCUUCCCAACUAAUCGUCUUGUCCCGUUUGCCAA